GUAUGCCAUAUAGUACAAUGAUCGGGGUGCAACAAGCUGACCAUUGAUAGCCAUCGCCGACCAGAACACCAGCGUCCAACAACGCCCUCCACUCCCUCGUCUGUGGCGUUGUCGUUGAGCCGUGCGGUCUUGUACGUAAGCGUCUUCUGAAAGCAUGGGACGUGUCUCACCCACGUACCACGACAACCUUUGGCUCAGCCUGACGAAGACGGUCGUCUGUGGCGCGCUCGACAGGAUCAACUCGGAUGAUGACGCGCCUAUCGAGGGUCAAUUGUUCCCCUUCAGCCGAAAUGACGCGCCGGAGCGGCGAAAAAGGAAAGGGGCAAACCAUGUCACAUUCUCCGAGUUUGUCGACGCUCUCCAUAAUGACGACAAGAGGAGCAACACCAUGUUCCAUCUCCUGGAAACCCUCGUCGAGGAAGUGGUGAAAAAGACAGUGCGCAAGCGAAGACGCGAGGAUACCACCCGUCGCAUCCCCGACAUGCACGCUGGAUCCAUUCAAGCACAUGAUAUUUCUUCCUUUGGAGGUUCAGUAGUCAUCAGACGUGACGCUGAUGGAACUUCUCCUUGGGAUGCGUCCUUCGACCACGUGAUCGAAAGGAUUGCCGCGCCUGAUGACGAGCCGCAGGAAGGUGGCAGCGAAGGCGGCGAGGCAAUCGGUCGGAACCAUUUUCCUUCGGACAAUCUGCCUCUCCUGCCGCAAGGCGGCUGGAGUGAAGCGCUCUUCAGUCAAAACGCGGUUGCAAGGACGACGACGAUGCGGGGCUAUGCAGAACAUAAGUACGACCUCGGUCUGGAAGAAUGGGCGGAAGAAUGGCCCACUGUCUGCGGCUGGACCACUGAGGAUGACGAGCUGCAUGAGGCUUUUGCACAGAUCGGUGCGCCGCCCUCGUGCGAAAUUCUGUUGUGUCCGCAGGGACGCAUAAUCCAGAUACACCUGCAAGUGCUCAGAAAUCUGUUGAGGACUUUGAGAGUCCAUUCACGUCGCGCACUCGAGAAUCUCGACUCGUUGGACGACAUAAGCGCGCAGGCCGAGCUGUACGGGCGCAUACUGUCCGCCGUUGACGGCCCAGAUCACUUCUUGUCCUCCGUCGGUGACUUCAUCCGCCGUCAGCUCUCGCAGGAUCUUAGCCACUUGUCGACGCUUGACCAGAUGCGCGUGUCCUUCGCACUACUCGACCUUUUUCGUCUCACGAAGUUGUACUUGAUCGAGCAGGCUCGUCUCAUGGACGCUGAAGAACUCGCUCAUGGGGCGAUCAAUCUAGUUCUCCAUGGAAUAUCUUCACCCUGGUCGGCUGAGCUUCCGGAUCGACUCGAGCCUGGCUGCACGUAUCUAAUUCGUCACGCGCAUCAUGGGGAUGGACUGUUUGAGGAGCGUCCUCCCAUCAUUCACCACGAGCCAUUACUGGGCGAGGUACGCGGUCCACUUGCUUCUCCGACCUGGAGAAUGGAACACACAGAGGAAGGCGAUUCGGACAGCAGGAUGGAAAGCGUAUUUGCUGCCUUGCGCGCCCGCUCUGACAUGCUGCGCGCUUUACUUGGUUCGAACCCUGACCAUGUUCGAGGCGAACCCACUUCCGCAAGAGUCGAAAGUGCUCCUGCUGCAACACUGACGCGGUAUGGCAUCGCGGCCCGCUUUGCGGCCGUUCGCGCCAGCUUGGAUUGGCCGCACCGGUUGAGCCCUGGGCACUCGGAUCCCACUGAUCGCUCGCAGCAAGAUAACAGGAACUUACCUGUUACCGUGUCUAGAACGGCGCCAGCGGCAUCGGCAUCUGCUACGGCUGUCAUCGAUGCCGAUGCUGCGAUUGUGGCCUUCCAAAUCAGCACCAGCUCGAAUCAUGCAAACGGAAGCACUGUGCCUCGAAUACCAUCUGUCAAUCAGUCGCCGCAAGCCGUCGCUAUGGCCGCUAACGGUCUUCGUCGCUCAGGCGCAAGCCGUGUCUCGCCGCGCAACAGAUAUCUCGCUGACAGGAUAGACGAAUUCAGUGCCUUCGCUUCGCGUCGCAGGCAGGGACAACGGCAGGACCGUAGUGCAGAUGCGACGACGGAGGGUGACGAGACAUCAAGCUCUGCAUCAAUCACGGAUGCGCAGAGACCGCCAUCUGCUGCAUCUCCGACGCGUGGGCCCAUUGCCCCGCUGCCGCCUCGUGGACGUCACGGUGAUCGUUCUUCUGAGCGCCAGACGUAGCUCGACCACGCAUGAGAGGGGACCAACACGUUAGUGUAGCAUAGCCAACAGUAGCACAUGUAAAAAUACAUCAUUAGAGCCUCG